AUAUCCAACAAGAACAGACGCCCCCCAGAAAAAGACCCGAAAUGGCGGUUAGGGUGACACUUAUAUUACUUGCAGUCACUUACUUCCUUGUCUUCAUAGGAAGUGCCUGUGUUUCCCUUUCUAUAGGGAUCACACAGAUAAAAUGGAAUGGGCGUUGUUUGCUGUUUGCCUCUGGAAAGUGGUAUCACGAAGGUCAUUGGAUAUUUAGAUGGGUCUCCCAAACGUCUACACACACACCGUGUAGUUUUGUCUCCAUUACAUCCGCCUUGAGCGCUGUAAAUGCAAUGCUCAUGUUUAUCUACUGCAUGUAUACUUUACUUUCGAAGAGUAGACAAGGGCAGGACAUUGUGACCUUGAUACCAGCUGUGUUGAGCGUUUUAAAAACUAUACUACUGUUGGCAUGUGCGAUAGUUAUCAGCGCAGGACUGGCUGUAUUCUGUGAAGCUAUCACCUCCAACCGGAACAUCGCUCCAACGUGCCGUGAUGCUCAAACAAAUAUCAACUGGCAUACUGUUGAUGGAUCUAAUUUCUAUGAUAUAACGAACUUCGCUCAGUUGGCAGGCUGGGCUCUGUUUGGAUGCUCAUUGAUAUUAAAUGGGAUACUCUUUUUUCGACUUCGCCAAGAUUUGAAGUCGCCAAGACCGUCCGAUUUGGCAACACUCACAGAAUCUGACGAACGUCAUGGGCUUUAAUGCAAACCUAACUGGCAAGACAGCGGGAAUGCCUAGAAAACGUAUCUCUCACUUUUUUUUUCAGUAUUUCCACUGGAACAUUAUGUUCUACAUUCAUCAUUGCCAUGUACACUUUUUUAUUCGGUUUCCUGUUUUAGAGUGCACUAUAGGACCAGUACAGACAAUCGAUGCAUUGUUAGUUCAUUGGUUUCCAUUAUGUACCAGUAUUUUUGAAACAGUUAAGUAAUGCACACGGCAAAUUAUCUACAUGUAAAGCAUGUGGUAUGGCAUGAGAUAUAUUUAUUAUCAUACUUCAAAUUUUACUGGAAUUAUUCUAUGCAGAAAACGUUAUUGAUAUAUCUGAUACUGAUGUCCACCUGCACAAGCAUUUGAAUGUGCUAAGUAAGACUUAUUUUUGUGAUAAAUGGGUCAUCAAGGUCAACACAACGAAGAAAACACAAGUCAACGAGGCGUUUAGUAGUGGGUAUUCAGGACCUUUAUGUAAAUACAAACAUUUAUUUGAAAUUUGAAAAACAUGAAACUGUGUCAUGUCAUUAGUAUGUAGACAUGUUGGUAUCAAUACACAUGUACUGGACUGCAUCUUUGCGGAACGACGAAAUCCUAAGUUCAUUGAGCAACUACAAGGUCAAUGAUGAGGCUUACGUAUAUUGUAACUUCAUACUUUUGACUGUUAUAUGGUGCAUGAAGUUUGGAUUUACCAAGUAUGUACUAGUAGAGGUGAUUGAGAGAUCUAGAAUCUAAAUCAUUUUCACGAACUUUGAAAUCGUUUGUUUUGGUUUACCAGAGCCAGCAUCAAAUGCUGCAUAUCUGGGUAGAAGUGGAAGGUUACCUUAUACUAGGCCUACAUAUAUCACCAAGGAAGGUCUCAUACACCUCAUUAAAUACCGACUGAAUUAUACCGAUUAUUAUAAAAGGGACCAGACAGGUACCCCAAUCAGUGCUACAGUGUAUCUUAAUAAUAUGAUAUAUCAUUUUGAAUAAUAGGCUGGUUGAACCUACUGGUAGUCAGUAGUGUUUACUAACAGUGUUACACGGAAAAACUGUGCUUAUUUUUAUCGUGUGAUUACUAUGUAAAUAUGAAGCAUAAUUUGUAAAUAUUGCAAUCUGGAUUUACCGAUAAGCGUCCUACACAUACUCUUUAGGGGGUGUCAAGAAAAUGUCGGUGUAGAUAUCUCUACCUGUAGGCAUACCUGGCCGAAAUAGUAGUUACCGAAGAACCAGAAUUGAAGAUUUCUCUAGAACUGUCAGUAGUGAAGAACAAAUAUGUACAGGUGUAUCUUAUCAUAAGAGCUACAUAUAUUUAUAUUUGCUAUAUUCUGUUUAUUGUAUUACUAACACCGUAUGGUCGGCCGUAUGGCAAAGUUUAUGUACAUGUAAGCAUUGUCUUGAAUUGAACUGCAAAUACAAAUAGUAUUUUAGAACAACGGGCGUGUGAAUUUAAAUUGGGGAUAGGUGGCACCUGGCAAGGGCUGUUCUCAACAAGCACAAUAAGGAUCAAGUUGAUGUUAGCACGGAGACAAACCCAAGUCUUCAACUUUAGUGGGGUGGUAAAGCGUAAAAUAAUAGUGUAAUUAAUAGUAAAUAAAAGCACGAAGUUUGCAUGUUUUUACUUUUUGACAUGCUUGAACGUAUUAACCUCGUAGCGCCCUCAGGGGAAAUACUCCUUUUGGACAAAAAAUCUAAGAUUAACCGAAUUUUGAAAGAAACAUAUGUCCCAGAUAAUUGAUGAGAAAUAAUAAAAAAUAAACUGUU